GUGCAAAAUAACAAAGCGAUGAGUCGAGGCUUUUUGAGACAGGAAAUUAUGCUUCCUAUUAAACACCGUAGGCCCAGUCCAGGAAGAUUCAGCCAGAGGGGGUUUUUAAUCGCUUUGCUUCAGCCUCAGGGCCUUCAUCGCGCACGCGUUUUUUUGAGGGAUAAGGAGGGAGAGAAGCGAUGACAUGCUUCGGGACGACAAAGUAUUUAAGGACAGGAGAAGUAACGGGAGUAUUCAACUGGGAUGAGAUAGCGGAAGAGCUGGGCUCAAAGGUCGGGUGCACGAGAGAAGAAAUGGACAGAGAACCACGGCGGCGCUCCAGAGAAGCCGAGGGCUGCGUCGCAACGGUAUUGGCUUUUCGAACACGUUCCUUGU